AUUAUUUAAUUGAUUGAAGCCUUCCCUACCGAUCACGCCCUCCCUCAAACACACAAACACCACCUGUGUAAGAGGGUCACUUCUUUCUGGAUUCAUCGAGAAAAAAUCCGUGGAAAAACAAGAAAGCUAAUGUGGGAUCACGGAGAUUUAUCAUUGGUGUGCAAGGAGUAAAACUUCUCCUGUGAACAACACUGAAAUCUAAUCAAAAUGCCUCCGUCAAGUAAGGCUGAUAAGAAGGCAGCAGUAGAUGCUGCAGCAUGGAUGUUCAACAUAGUCACUUCUGUGGGGAUCAUCAUUGUGAACAAAGCAUUAAUGGCCACAUAUGGUUUCACUUUUGCGACAACAUUAACCGGAUUGCAUUUUGUUACUACCACCUUAAUGACUGUUGUUCUUAGGUGGCUGGGUUACAUUCAACCAUCCCAUCUACCCACUCCUGAACUUCUGAAGUUUGUCCUAUUUGCCAACUUCUCCAUUGUCGGAAUGAAUGUCAGUCUAAUGUGGAAUUCAGUGGGAUUCUACCAGAUAGCAAAGCUGAGUAUGAUCCCUGUAUCCUGCUUGUUUGAAGUUAUGUUUGAUAAGAUUCAAUAUUCAAGAGACACAAAGCUCAGUAUUUUGGUUGUCCUUCUGGGUGUUGCGGUCUGCACUGUUACUGACGUGAGUGUUAAUGCUAAAGGCUUUAUUGCUGCAUUUAUCGCAGUAUGGACUACAUCUCUCCAGCAAUAUUAUGUUCAUUAUCUUCAAAGGAAAUACUCGUUGAGUUCUUUCAAUCUGUUGGGACAUACUGCACCUAUCCAGGCUGGAUCUCUGCUAGUAGUGGGUCCCUUUUUGGAUUACUGGUUGACUGACAAGAGAGUGGAUGCUUUUGCAUAUGAUCUAGCAUCUGUGGUGUUCAUAUUCCUAUCCUGCACAAUUGCAGUAGGAACCAACCUCAGCCAAUUCAUCUGCAUCGGGAGAUUCACAGCUGUGUCCUUCCAAGUCCUUGGCCAUAUGAAAACCAUACUCGUUUUGAUUCUUGGGUUCAUCUUUUUCGGGAGAGAAGGGCUGAAUCUUCACGUGGUGAUCGGAAUGAUCAUAGCAAUAGUGGGCAUGAUUUGGUACGGGAAUGCCUCGUCGAAACCUGGCGGUAAAGAGCGUCGUGCCCAUUUGCUCCCCAAAACCAACCCGCAGAAACAUGGGUCCGGAUUAGAAACUUCAGGUACGAGCGACAAGGUCUAAACAUAUUAUUUGCAUAGAAUGAGAGUUAUUAGCUGAUAGCCGGAUUUUCUUUUACGAGAAGAAGAUAUGUCGUCAUUAAAAUAAAUUAUUAUCAUAUUCUUGCAUAUCCUUUGUUUUCUUUUUCUUUUUGUUCUCUUGAUAUGAAGAUCUACGUGAUGGUUGGGAGUAGGGCUUAGCUUCCCAAGGUUUCAUUAUAUCUUUCUAGAACCUAUGGAUAUAAAUUGUAGUGAUGUUUGGCAGAUUGAGAAAUUGGUGGAGAGGAGAGAUGCAAAUCUUAUAUGAUAUCAUUUUUAUUUACUU